CCUCGUUGAAUUGGAUGACAAGACUGGGGUGGCCUCUCGUGCUACAGUGUUAGUGUUGAACGGUUCGUCCGUCUGAGAAAGGAUGUGAGAAGAGGAGGAGGCUUGCGGUUUCUGUAGCAAGCAUGCGGCUUUGUUAGAUUCUGUGGAUUUUGGACACCGGCUUUACAUGCAAUGUAUUUGUGCUAAAUGGAAUUCGUUUUUCCCUUUUGUGUUUUCUACCGGAUACAUUCUUAUAGCUUGGAAUCGAGUGUUUUCCUGUGCGGCUCGGUUCAUUGGUAAACUAGCGGUUGCAUCAGUCGACUGUCAAUCAAGUCGAGGCUCUCUGCACCUGGUAUUAAUUUAAAUUUGCCGGUGAAUUUUCGUGAACAUUGAGUUUUGGAGCAAUCGUUUUCUUUUAGCCUUUGGUAUUUCAAUAACCGAGAGUUUAUUGUGCAGCCUAUUGACAAGGUAAGAUUGUAACCGUAACUCAGGCUACUGUACCCCUAGUUAUAUUAACAGCGGACUGUAUCCCCGGAAAAUUUCAACAUUGUAUCUUGACGGCGCAAGGAGGAACUAGCCUACAAGUACACGGUCCUCUCGAUUACUGUAUCAGUGAUUGCCAAAGCGUUGUUUGACAGCUGUCUUUGGGAACGCGUUGGACAAUAGGGCUUGCCUGGAGGAGCCAUCUGCUAUUGUUUUCUACUGCGGAUAGAUCAAAACAUUAACAGAUCGAACAUGUCGCUCAGCAGAAGUAUUGAAUGGGAACACUUUGAGGAACGGGACAAAACGCACCGUUCAGCAAGGGCUAACGGCUCGGGAUCCCAGUCCGGCUCAAGAGGCAACGGUCUCGUACCCAGCCCGGCGCACAGCGCGCACUGUAGCUUUUACCGAACGCGCACGCUCCAGUCGCUCACCUCGGAGAAGAAAGCCAAAAAAGUGCGGUUCUACCGAAAUGGGGACAAAUACUUCAAAGGUUUGGUGUAUGCCGUGUCCAACGACCGUUUUAGGUCAUUGGACGCCCUGCUUAUGGAGCUUACCCGGUCUCUCUCGGACAACGUCAACCUGCCUCAAGGUGUCCGGAGCAUCUACACCGUGGACGGCAGCAAGAAGAUUAGCAGCCUGGACGAGUUAGUGGAGGGUGAGAGCUACGUGUGUGCCUCCAACGAGCCCUACCGCCGAGUGGACUAUACCAAGAACGUUAACCCUAACUGGUCAGUGGGCAUCAAGGCCGGCCAGUCCCGCUCCCUGUCCUCCCUCAGCACCCUGGUAAAGGGCGAGCUGCAGCGUAGCGAGGCCAGCCUGGGCACCAGAGACUUCAUCAAGCCCAAGCUGGUGACGGUCAUCCGCAGCGGGGUCAAGCCCAGGAAGGCUGUGAGGAUCCUGCUGAAUAAGAAGACGGCCCACUCCUUCGAACAGGUGCUGACCGACAUCACGGACGCCAUCAAGCUGGACUCCGGGGUGGUCAAACGGCUCUACACACUGGAGGGAAAACAGAUCACCUGUCUCCAGGACUUCUUCGGCGAGGACGACGUGUUCAUCGCGUGUGGCCCAGAGAAGUACCGCUACGCCCAGGAUGACUUCCUGUUGGAUCACAGUGGUAAGGCUUCUGAUUGCCGGGUGCUCAAGUCCUCAUACUCUGCUCGCUCGCCCACUCCAACGAGGGCUGCUGGGAGCAAGAGCCCUGGACUCUCACGCCGUAUCAAAUCCCCGGGCAUAGUAAGAAGACCAAUCCAUUACUCCACCAGUAGCCAGUCUCCUGUUAAAUCCCCAGUCAAUGGUGUCCCCAGCAGUACGAUCUCCACCCCCAAGUCCACCAAAUCCAAUAGCUCCUCCCCCACCAGUCCCCGCAGUAUACACAGCUUCAAGAUUCCGCCACAUCACACGUCUGCCACCAAUGUUAACGGGUCUUCACACAGUCUGGAGCUGGCCUAUAACAUGAGUCCUGAGGUUAACGGCAACAGCUGUAGCUCUAUCACAACCGUCCUGGAUAAGUACAAGGUCGGCAAGGUCAUAGGAGACGGAAACUUUGCCGUGGUGAAAGACUGUGUAGAACGGUCCACUGGGAAGGAGUAUGCACUGAAGAUAAUUGACAAGGCCAAGUGCAGUGGAAAGGAGCACCUGAUAGAGAACGAGGUGGCAGUGCUGAGGAGAGUCAAACACCCCAACAUUAUCCAGCUGAUAGACGAGGUGGACACGCCCACUGAACUCUACCUGGUCAUGGAGCUGGUCAAGGGUGGCGACCUAUUUGAUGCCAUCACGUCCUCCACUAAGUACACAGAGAGAGAUGCCAGUGUCAUGGUGUUUAACCUGGCUGGAGCCCUGAAGUACCUCCACAGCAUGAACAUAGUACACAGAGACAUCAAGCCUGAGAACCUGCUGGUGUGUGAGUACCUUGACGGCACUAAGUCUCUGAAACUGGGGGACUUUGGUCUGGCCACUGUGGUUGAGGGGCCCCUGCACACCGUGUGUGGAACCCCCACCUACGUGGCCCCUGAGAUCAUUGCUGAGGCUGGUUAUGGUCUGAAGGUGGAUAUCUGGGCAACUGGGGUCAUCACUUACAUCCUGCUGUGUGGCUUUCCUCCCUUCCGCAGUGAGGACAACCUUCAAGAGGACCUGUUUGACCAGAUUCUGGUGGGACGACUGGACUUCCCUGCUCCCUACUGGGACAACGUCACAGACUCAGCCAAGGAGCUGAUUGGGCGGAUGCUGCAGGUGAACGUGGAGGCUCGCUACACAGCACAGGACAUCCUCUCUCAUCCCUGGGUCACGGAUGACAACAUGGAGAACAACAUGAAGAUGGAGGUGUCAGGUAAACUGAGAACACACUUCAACACAGCACCAAAGCCCAGCACAACCACAGCAGGGGUGUCAGUCAUCAUGCUCCAAGGCAAUGAACACAGCUCUAGAUAAGAAGAGGAUCCUGCUGACUCGUCGCAGCCAGAGGCCCACAGCACCACCUCCGCCCCCACCACUGCCUGGGAAGAAAGAAGUCCCUCCUGCAGCCAUGCCAGUCAAGCAAGCCUCACCAGUCUCACCCAACUCCAAGCUGCCAGUACCCACCAAGCCUGCCCUGCCAGAGGAGGAACCCAAGAGUCCUCAGACUGAUGUGCCUGUAUCCCCUCCCAUCUCUCCCUCUGUCCCUGUCUCUCCUUCCUCUCCUACCAAGCCUAACAUCUCCAUCUAUCCUACCUCCCCUACCAGGCCCAACAACUCUCCCUCUCCUUCCUCUCCUGACAAACCUGUUAUCUCUCCCUCUCCUUCCUCACCUACCAAACCUGUUAUCUCUCUCUCUCCUUCCUCACCUACUAAACCUGUCAUCUCUCCUUCUCCUUCCUCUCCCUCUUCACCUACCAAACUUCAAAUGUCCCCUUCUCUUUCCUCUCCAACCAAGCUCCAUGCCUGUGCCUUCACUCCUGCCUCGUAUAAGCCUAUUACUUGCCCCUCCAACUCAUCACUUUCCAAACGCAAAGCCUCCCCCUCUCCUCCUGCCCCUCUCUCUCCCUCCUCUCCUCCCUCUCUUUUUACCUGCCCCUCUCCCUCCGAACCUCUGUCUCCCUCUGCCUUUCCCAGCCCUCCCUCACCCCUGAACUGCUCCUCUCCCACCCCUCCAUCACCCCUGGUGGGCCUUGACGUUGAAGCUGCUGCUACUGCCAGAGAGCUGUGAGAAAGAAUGAUGGAUGAGAAGACUGGCUGCUGGACCAAGGUCUAAUUUGUACCUUUCCAGCCCCCUUACCUCCACGCGCCGUAUCCCCAGACCUAUGAUUCGCAUGUAGGGGGCUAGAUACAGAUAGAACCUCCAUCCCCAGUAACAGUAUAACAGCUGAUGUCCACUGCUGUCUCGUUCCUAGGCUCCCAAGCAAAUGGCAAAAAAAAACAAGCAAAAUGGCUCCUACAACCUACAGUACAAUCUCUGUAGAGAACACAUCAUAUCCACGCUCCAAGAGGGAAGUUGAGGUGUUUUGUAUAUUUUGGUUGAUUUGUAUAUACGGUAUGUGUGUAUUUAUAUAUGGAGAAAAUUGAGUGAGGCCUGCCUAGUUAGUGUGUGUGGUUUCAGAUGGGGUUUUCUGGAAUGACUUCUGAUCAUGUUUUAUUUGUCGUCUGUGGUUGGUUGGUAGACACACACAUGAUGAUUAUGGGUAGAAGUGUAUUAUUUGGCGUGCUUGCCAUCUGUUGUAAGAAACUACUACUGUAGAUGUAUAUAGUAUUGUAUGACAGACACGAGGCAUCCGAAUGAAAGUUGAAGGUUUGAGUUUGUUUUCUUCUCUUCUCUGUAAAGCCUGUUUAUCAUUGGUCUGCUAUGGAGCCUGUAGUGUUUAACUGCUGAGCACCAAAAGAGAAACGCAACAGAGUAGAAGAUGAACGUGUCAAUGAGGAGAGGUGUGCCUGUCAAAAUAGCUGCCAGAUCAGGGGUGUGUUCAGGGUGGCAGGUAGCCUAGCGUUUAAGAGCGUUUGGCCAGUAACCGAAAGGUCACUGGUUCGAAUCCCCCAGCCAACUAGGUGACAAAUCUGCCAAUGUGCUCUUGAGCAAGUCACUUAACCCUAAUUGCUCCUCUAAGUCGCUCUGGAUAGGAGCGUCUGCUAGAUGACUAAAAUGUAAAUGUUCAUCAGGAAGAAAACAGAAAGGGACUUCCUGGACAUGUCCUGUAAGAAACGCUCAUUUUCGCCCUCCGUUGCAAAACGUUUUUCAUUGUGUGCCCUAAUGAACCUGACCCAGUAGUUAGAUUCCUUUUCUGAAACCAGCUGACAGGAAACACUGGGAGCUCUAUCCCCUCAUAUACUCAUUUAUCAGUCCAGAUUUACCGGAUAAUAAUGUGAGGCUGUUCCACUUUGCUGUUGUGUUUGUCUGUAAUGGUAAUGCACUUGUUUUAAAGUCCAUUUUUAAGUCCCAAAUCGCACCCUAUUCCCUAUAUAGUGCACUACUUUUGAGCAGGGCCCAUAGGGUAUUGGUCAAAAGUAGUGCACUAUGUAGGGGUAUAGGGUACCAUUUGGGAUGCAGCCAUAUCUCCUUACCUAGCCUACUGCAGUUGGUUAGGGUUUAACCCUUCGGAUACUGAUAAUAAUGAUGCACAUCACUACAAGGGGCUUUAGUUGCAUGCCAUGUUCCUCCCUCUGCCUCCCCACAAAACAGGUCUCUCUCUCGCGCGCACGCACGUCAAGCUGGUACUAUUGUACGUAUAGUAGCUGUUCUGUAAUGUUUAGUCAAACUACACUGUCAUCAUCAUAAUGCUUUUUUUAUUGCAGUUUUAGUCUGGAUACGUGUAUGGAAAAACACUGUCAGCUUUGGCCAGCACUUUUAGUUUGUACAGACAUUUAGCCACUGACUCCUUUAUCAUUAUGUAUUAGGAGCACAUUGGAAAACUUCAAACGCAAUAAAAAGUAUUCAAUUCA